AUGAAUAAUUAUGUGACAAACGAUCCUUUGGCUGUUAUUUACAAUGAAAGCCAUUGGCGGUUAAGCAAAGUAUCCCCAAUGUUUAGCCUACAAUCAAGCACAGUGAAGUUCAAACAAUACGCUUCUAAAAUUCGUCAAGCCAUAGUAAGCACCAUUCCCGCCAAUUCCGCUUUAAAAUUUAUUGUGGUUUUUGAAGCUCAGCCUUAUUUAAAGUAUUCUGAAGACGAUUCAGAAGGGUUAGCGAUUACAGUGUCUUCAUCCCAAGAAUCCAGUGAACCCAAAGUGAUUUACACCAGUAUAUUUCUUUCCUGGGGUGUUAGCACAAAAAUUCCUGGUGCUGUUCAUCUACCAUUUAUACUAGAACGAGGAGAACAAAGGAUUGGCACUGCUGUUAAAACAACAAUACAGACCAUGUUUGACUGCAACAUUACACAAUUUUGUUUUAGACAGCAUCAACUACUACAAUUUGGUUUCAACUUUGUUGAAAAUGACACAUCACGUAGCACUGACCCUUUUAAGCUUGUCUAUAGAACACAACAAGUAGGACAUAAGAAUAAGCUUAGUUUGACAUUUGAAGUUGGUGAUGUGCUCAUCAUUUGGAAUGGAAUUAAAAAAGAUAUUACUAAAGUUUCUGAGCAAGUAACUUUAGCAUAUCAACUCUUGCAGACUCAAGUUUUCUACAGUGUCAGUUUAGAUGUGACAGCAUUGGAUCUUAUUGAGGUGACUCUUCCGAAGGCUGAAGUAAAAUCAAAUGGUACAAUUAAAAUGAAAACACCUGAAAUAGUCAAUUGUGUUUUCACAGUGUUGAAUGAAAUCAUCUGUACAAGUACAAUGGAUACAAAGACUUCAUGA